GUGUGUCAAGUGAGCAUGUGUGCAGCAAGCCCCUCUUUGUAUAACAUUGCCUAUCAUGCGUGCCCCCUAUCGCCAUCCCUCCAUCACCCCACAUCCCUCUCUGCAAGCAGUUUCCUUGCACCUUCCUCCUCUCACAAACGUCGAAAAGCCGACCAUCUGCCCAUGUCUGACACACAACUCCGUCGAAGAAUUCCGGCCACCGCCCGGAAAUCGAGACCCCCACACCCCACCCGAUCGCCUCAUGGCCGGACCCCUCCGACACCCCGGCACUCCAAGCCACACAAGCCAAUUAAACGUCUCCAACGUUGCUCUUCCGAACCGAUCCUUUGGACCGUUGGACUCAUCGAAGCCGAUCAAAACCACCACCACCACCACCAGCAAACUCUGCUCUUUCGACCCCAGACAUGCACUGACGUGUUUACAUCGCCGCUUCGGUCUCUGUCUCCUUCUCCCUACUCAUUUCACAGGUAUAGCGAUGAUUCAAAGGUUGUAGUUAACGUGACUCUUGAAGGGAGUCCUGGGCCUGUGAGGACUCUGGUUAGAUUGGGAGCGACGGUUGAAGAUACAAUCAAGCUUGUCAUUAAUAGAUACAGCGAAGAAGGGCGCACCCCAAGGCUCGAUGUCGAAGCUGCAUCGGAAUUCGAAUUGCAUCACUCAUAUUUCAGCCUCGAAAGUAUGAAUAAAACGGAGAGGAUUGGGGAAAUGGGGAGCAGGAAUUUCUUCCUCCGGCGGAGCUGCAGUAGCCGCAGCAGCAGCAACUUUGAUGAUGAAGGUGAUGGUAGAAGGAGAGGCACCGACAAUGCAGCUUCUUCAAGGGAGGAGAUUGUAAAUGCAAACCCACCACCUCAGCUUUUCUUAUCUUUCAUUGCUCGAAGGAUUAGUAAGAUUGGACGACGAACUAAGAAAAUUUGGAAUAUCUUGGGUUGUAUGUCCUGUGGUUAACUUGCUCUUUUUUUUCAAAUUAUAAAAAAUUAAUGAUAAUAAUAAUAAUUAUAAACUCUCUCUCUCUCUC